AUGAAGACCACUACCAUUCUUGCCGCUGCGGCAUGCACCUUCGCCGGCUUCGCUGCCGCCACCCCUGUUGCCGAACCUCAAGGACGCCCUAGUUGGUGGUUCAAGCGACCUGGAUUCAGCAAGCCAACUCCCGCUCCCGUCCCAGCACCAGACAACGGUGGCUCCACGCCUGAUGACAACACUCCCGCCCCCGUCAGCCCACCCAAGGAUGACUGCCCCACCACUGGCGGUGGUGGCGGCAGCAGUGGCGGCGCAAAGGACAACUUCCCUUUCGUCUUCACAUCGACCUACUCGGUGAUCGCCACUCCCGACCAAGUCAUCAACGGCACCCAAGUCACACCAGGCGAGCCCGGCGCCCGAGGUAUCUACAACUACGGCAUCAACACGAUCCUCGAUGUCAUCUGCUACAACAUCACCUUAACCGGCGUCACCGGCGACUAUCAAUCCGCCGCCCUGACCGCCACACACAUCCACGAAGGACCCAAGGGAGCCGCCGGCCCACCUCGAUUGGCAUUCCCCAACCCUACACCCAUCAGCAAUGACCGCAACGUGGUUCGUCGAUCAGUUGGUUGCUUGACAGGACCGUUCCGCACGGGAAUCAACAAUGAUGCUGGUGUCGAUACGGGUUCUGCUUCGGGAUUUACUUUGUCGCAGAUCGAGGCAAAUCCAGCUGGAUUCUUUACUGAUUCACAUACUGCGAACUAUGUGCCCGGUGUGGUGCGUGGACAGUUGGCUUAAUU